CGUCCCCUUGUACAGCCAACUUCAGAAUCGCUUGUGCUUUCUUUCAUUGACAAAGUGGUUGAUGAACUCUGUUUAAGCAGUUUCUGAUAAGAAAUAAUCAUCAGUAUUGUCCGAGUCAGACAGAUGAAGCUCUGAAGCUUGUGACGUCAUGGAGACGACCCCCGUGCCAACUUGGGAUACUUUCGUCCAGAGUAACCUGCUGAGAGCUGGCAUUGUGAGUGGAGUGUGUCUGGCAGCCCAACAUGGAGUACCCAUCUACACACACGGGGAACUGGACACUCUGGAACAGGCUGAUCUUCAGCAGUUUCUGCCCGUGUUUCGCUCAAUAUCCAGCCAACACACAGAGUCCAUUCUGGAGGCCGGGUUCACGAUCCCAUCAAAGAGUGGCAAGACAACAGAGUUCAAAGUGUACCAGAAGACGUACUGCAGUGUGUAUGCCACCUCAGUGGGGAAUACAGAAGGCCUAAUUGUCAGCAAUCUCCCUCAUGGCGUUCUUCUGUGUACGUAUAGGCACCCAGUACAGCCUGGAAUCGCAAUCAAACAUGUGGAACAGUUCUGUGAUCUACUCAGAGCCUAGAAACAUUCUGGGUAACGGUCAAGAGAAAAAAAAACACCAUUCAAAGAUGCUUACAUCUGUGACAGCUGUCCGAAGAUGUUUAAUUUACAGAAUGUUUCUGUGAUCAGCUCAGAGCCAAAACACCAGUCAGAAG